AUGAAAACUAGAAGAUCAUAAUCAGUUCAACCUUCUUAUUAAUCUGAGGAGGAAUAUAUUGAGAAAAAUAUGCAUGUUUGUAAAUCAGUUCAUCCUUAAUUAACAUUUAGAUAAAUAAGAAAUAAAUUAUCAUCUGAAUGGAAUGUUUUAAAUAAUAAACCAAAAGUAUAUUCUUCUUUAUCAAAAUUUAGAAAUAAACUAAAUUAGAUGAUUUUAUAAUCUAAAUAAGUCCAUCAUCACCUAUCUCUAAAACAAUUUAAAAAAAAAAAUCUAAAAAACAACUAAAAUAGAAAUUACAAUUACAUAAUAACAAAAACAAUAUACCACCUAAGAAUUUAAAUUAAAAAAAAACAAAGAACUCUCAUUCAUUAAAAUAAGGACCAACUAUUGUGAUUUCGGAUUCUGAAUCUUUUAAAAUUAGUUUGACUUCAUAGGAUGAUAAAUAAUCUAUUUUAAAAGACAGUCCUAUUGUAAUUUCUAAUAAUAGCCUAUAAAACAAAGAAGUUAAUUAAAAACUUUAGAAAAAUUAAAUUAAAUCAAAAUCAGAAAAGGAGGAAUCUAAAUAAAACUCCAUAAAACAUCAAAAGAUUUCAAAAUAAAAAUUAAAACCUAAUCGAAAAUUACAUAUUAAAAAAUUGAAAUUAAGAAGAUAAAAUAAAUUAAGAAAGUUAAUAUCAAAUAAUAAGUCAGGAAUAGCUUCUGAUUUUCAACCUGUUUUAGUUUCAGAUUUUAUUAAUUCAACAAAAAAAUAGGAUCAUAUUAGUUUAAUUACUAUAUCAAAAUCUAAAGUUGAAUAAGGAUAAGUGGGUUUAGAUGAAAUCAAAAAUAUUGUAUCACACACUUAUGGAAUAAUUAAUCAUGAAUACAAUAAUUCUGAGAUUUUGAAUUUUUAAUUAUUUUUUGAAGUUGAAUUCUAACCAAGAAAUGAUGGACAUGUUAUACAAAAUACAUUUUGUACAACUAAAUAAGCUGCUUUUUAUUGCAAAAAUUUGGUUUUGGAAUAUAUUUAAAAACAUAAAGAUAUAUUUACUUAAAAUGAUGAUUAUUAUUUGUAAUGA